ACGCUUCCGGAUAAGAUGGCGGCGCCCGCUGUUCUGUGGAGGCGGCUCAGAGGUCCCGGGCUGGUUGCGUUACUUGCACGCAUGUUUGAUCGGAAUAAGGACCGCGGUGGCAGGACGCCGCUGUUCCUCUUGGCUCCACUUGUGGCUCCGACGGUCCCGCAGGUUACUCCCCAGCGCCCUCCUCUUGGCUGCGUUUGCCCCCGGGGAGCUCAUCGAUUUCAAUGGAUUGGAAACCUAGUCCCGGAGUUUGGCAUCUCCAGCUCAGACGUGAAGAUUCUGUCUACCCCUUCGGAAUUCUACCAGAGCAUGAAGACACAGAUUAAAGCAGCCAAGAAACGUAUCGUAAUGGCUUCCCUGUACCUGGGAACGGGCUCCCUGGAGCAGGAACUGGUGGACGCCAUAGAGGAAACGCUUCGUAGCCCGGAAAGCUCGGAUCUGCGGGUCUCCAUCCUGCUGGAUUUUACCAGAGGCUCCCGGGGCAGGAAAAACUCUCGAACUAUGUUGCUCCCUCUACUGCGCAGGUUCCCGGACCAAGUGCGCGUCUCGCUCUUCCACACUCCGAACCUCCGCGGACUCUUGCGUCUGCUGACCCCGGAGCGGUUUAACGAGACCAUAGGUCUGCAGCACAUGAAGGUUUAUCUGUUUGACGACAACGUCAUCCUCAGCGGAGCCAAUCUCAGCGAUUCCUAUUUCACCAAUCGGCAGGACCGCUACGUUAUGCUUCAGGGCUGCCCCGACGUAGCCGAUUUCUUCGGCGAGCUGGUGUCCGCGGUGGGGGACGUGUCCCUGCAGCUGCGGCCGGAUGACUCGGUCGGGACAGAAGAAGGCAUGGAACACCCGUACCGAGGCAAUAAAGCCAAGUACUGUGACGCCGCCAAUCAACGUGUUAUGGGGGUGAUAGAGAGGGCUCAGCGCAGGCAGUGCGAGAAGAACAGCACCAGGUUCCGGAGCGGGACGCCCGCCUCGAACGCUCACGCUCCAGACACCUGGGUCUACCCGCUGGUGCAGAUGAAACCUUUCGGCGUUCAGAUAGACGAGCUGGUCACCGAGACGUUGCUAACGGAGGCCGAGAGGGGAGAUCGACUCUUCCUGACCACGGGCUACUUCAACCUAACGCAAGGCUACAUGGACCUGGUCCUGGGCACCCGGGCCGAUUACAGCAUCCUGCUGGCAGCCCCUGAGGUCAACGGCUUCUUCGGGGCCCGAGGCGUCGCUGGGGCCAUUCCGGCCGCCUACGUCCACAUAGAACGCCAGUUUUAUAAUGAACUCUGUAGACAAGGACAGCAACGCAGAGUCAAACUACUAGAGUAUUUCAGAGAGCUCUGGACUUUCCACGCUAAAGGUCUGUGGCUGUACCCGGCAGGGGCCGCUCUGCCAUGCCUCACUCUGAUUGGAUCCCCAAACUUCGGCUACCGAUCCGUUCACCGAGACCUGGAAGCUCAGAUUGCUCUCGUGACGGAAAACCAAGAGCUUCAGCAGCAGCUGCAUCAGGAACAGCAAAAUCUGUACACCCGCUCUGGCGAAGUGACGCCCAGCACCUUCCGGCAUCCGAGCCGCCACGUCAAGCUCUGGGUGAAGCUCGUGACCCCGCUGAUCAAAAAUUUCUUCUGAUCUGCAGCACGACGUCCGUGGUUGCGGAAGAACAACCCAUGAGAUCCAGGCCACAUGAAAGGGCCACAAACCCCCCCCCCCACUCAUUAUCGAUGAAGCGACUUGACACAGUUAGCUUUGUUGUCCCCUCACCACGUACAGGACUUACACCUCAGCCCCGAUGUUUCCGAGAGGUUCCUUCGAAUGAGGUGGUCUCCUGAGGAUCGUCAGGGUCCCAAUGAAGGUGCGCCCCCCCCAAGUCUUUUAACAGUCAGUAGACAUUUUUCCCGCGUGCUCCACGAGGCUUUGGGCAGAAAGGAAAUCUCCGCGGUUCGUUAAUCUCUCUUUCUCCAGAGUUUUUCGAAGAAUCUUGGACGCUUUUGAGUUUUCCGGAUAAACUAUCUUAAGGCCAGCUAUUUAAAUCCGCGUAACCUCAAUAAAGCCGCUAACGGAAGCAAACCCCCCCCCCCCCCGCGCGCGCGGUAGGUCGGGGCGAACGAGCGCGGGUCCCGACGAGGAAUGGAUGCUGUAGGGUAGCGUGGGCUCGGUGACGAAUAAUGUGAGCGGGGAACGCGCCUUUCUGCAUGAAAACAUAACUUGGGUGGGCUUUCUGUGACCUCAUCGUAUUUACCUGCCGGUACGCCGUGAGCUUCAUCGCCGACGUUUAUCGGAAGUUUGUACAUUUGAACUUUGUUGCGUUGGUGACAUUCAGCCGGCUCCCUGACCGGGAUUACGCGUUGAUAGUAAAUAAAAGACAUUCUAUAGAGUGUUGUUUUAA